CUUGCAUCACAGAUAAUGGUCUAUUCGCGAGAUUAAUGUCAUACGGUAUUUGUAAACAUUAAACUCCGUGAAAGUGUCCACCGUGAUUGCGGCUUUGUUUAGUUGCGUCGUGUCAUUUUUCUACUAAUAACCAACCCAUAGUGGUGCGAUGGAACCAUCCAAUGUUGAAACGCAUAUACUACCGCGCCUGCCCACGGAAAUUUUGGUGAUCAUUUUCCAACAUUUGCCCAUGUCUGACUUGGCCAAGGUGAGACUUACUUGUCACCACUGGUAUGACACUGUUUGUCACACUUCAUCACUUAUGGAAAGAUUUAUGUUGUCGUUCAAAAACUGCCGCUUGUACGAAGGCUGUGAACAGAGCCGAAUAUUAUCAAAAACGAAGAGUAACUAUUCUAAGGCUACACUGAAGGCGGUGGCUAUCGAAGAUGCGGAUACCUUAUGGCGAACACUGGGUCGAAAUCUUCAGGAUCUCACGCUAAACGACUGUUCCAUUUCGGGGGACACGAUGGUACAAAUGCUGAGACUUACACCACAACUCAAAUACUUUGCUCUGAAAACUACUAAGUUCGAGGAAUUUCGACUUCAAAAUGUCACUGUAGACUUCCGAUUGGCUAAACUAGAGACACUCACUCUGCGAUCCAUUUUCGUUUACGAUGAAUGCUUCGAUAUGUUUAUGAAAAUCUGCCCACGGUUGAAGGUUCUGAAGCUGAACUACUCUUCCUUCGAAGGAUGGGGUGAAAAACUUGUCCAAUUUGUGCAAAUGGUGCGGAGUUCAUUGGAGGGAAUCAACUUAAGUUAUACCAAAGUUGGUGCAACUCUAUUACAUAAAAUUUCAACUAUCGAACGGUUGAGGUUGAAGAAAGUUUCACUUAAAUCGAGCUACGAUUUGAAACAACGGGACAUUAUCCAAUUAAGCAGGGUUCAACCUUCGAUAGUGCAUCUAAACAUCGAUAAUCUAUUUCCGGCGGAUGAUCAAAUACUUGGUGAAAUUAGUCGAAACCUGCCCAAUAUGAAGCGCAUUAAAUUGCACAUCUGUCGUGUUCAUAACUUGCAGCAGUCGUUUUUGUGUAAUAUGCAGCGCUUAGAGUAUCUCAAAAUCACUGAUGCAACACACGUGGCAGGUAAUCUGGAUCUUAGUGCUUACGAGAACGCCAACCUCGAGAAAUUAUACGUUUCGGCGGCUACAUUUUCGCGGAACACAUUACCACGAUUUUUCGAAAAGACUCCCAACAUUCGAAGCCUAACACUGUAUCAAUGUUCGUAUGAAAACAUCCACGAUUUGCAGCUCUCGUUUGCUUUUCUGAAGUCAUUGGAAUAUCUGAACCUGCAGCGCACGUUUGAUAUCGACGACAGUUUCUUCAGUAGAACCGUGUUCGACAGUGUCAACAUGCCGUUCGAGCGCAUUAGAUUCUACCCGGUGACUAAUCUGAACAAGCUGUGCUAUUUGAAUUUAAGCCGCUGUAGAGAUCUUUCCGAUGAAACAUUAGUAGCAUUGAGUUUCUCCCGGUUGAAAAAGAUAGAUCUCCGAGGGCUCAACAUCACUGCCUUUGGGAUCCGAGCAUUGGUUCGACAAUGUCCCCGGUUAGAGUACGUCCAUGUUGAUGCAUGCAAACGGAUUUGUGACAGUGCAGUGCAGAUGCUGUGCCGUGAUUUGAAACGGCUUAAACUGCUCAAUCUGGACGGAUGUCGAUCGAUUACGGACGUCUCGGUAGAGCACGUGAUAAAUUACGGCCGAACGCUGGCGUGGCUUAACAUGAUGAACUGUCCGCUACUGACCGAUGAUGCGAAGCAUAGAUUGGAGAAUAUGAGAAGCAUACGUUCGCUGUAUGUCUAGUAUAAUGUGAUGAGAACUAGCUCGAAUGUUGGUGGAGGUUAAUUAUUUAUUGUAGGUUCGUCGGCGCGAAUGCAAGUGUCUCGUAAAACGUGAGCACAACAAAUUUGCAUCCAAAAGCAAAUUGUUCUACCUGUGUGAUUCGAAGAGUUAUUUACAAAACAAAAAUCUUCACAAACGGUCUGAUUACUAAAAUUAUGAAAUUUUAAAACCGUUUUAGAUUGGUGGCAUUCUGUUUGGUCCAGACCAUUAUCGUGUAUAGCAAAAUUUAAAUCCGCCGUGAAAAUAGUAAUUUGGUAUCAUGUGUUGUAGCGAAUAAAUGUAGCAUAUUACAUAACAUA